UCAGAUGUAAUUACUGAAGACGCUAUAUCACCGUGCAAUGGUCCACUACAGGGAGGGGCUUCAGUGUUAUUGAAUGGACCAAGUGGUCAGAGCGCGAAUUUACUGACCGGAAGGUCCGUAGUUCGAACCCGAUCUCUGUCACUAGUCUUCCUCUGUCUAGGCUUGGGCAACCUGGCGGUAUCCCAGCCAUCGAGCCUCCUUCGUGUGGCAUGGCAGCUAGGCACCGAAGGGGCAACUGAAUGUACUGCAUCAGGCCGCCUCAUGUUUCAGAUGGUACGACAUUCGAGAUUCCGCGAUACACUGAGGCGAGAUCAAUGCCGUUUUUCCCCUUUGAGACUUCAUAGUUUGGGUUUAGUUCCCGAACAUAACCCGAUGCGAAGAGCCAUCAGACGUCAGGUGAAAGUGAGUUUGCGAUCCGACCAUGAAGUAUGGUGGACACAGAAAGCCAAAGAAAUGGAAGGGGCUCAGAAAGCAGGCAAUGCCCGAAGAUUAUUUCAGUUGAUCCGUGCGACCGGUCCCCGGAAACCACCUGUGAGUGAAAGCAUCAAACAUCAGAAUGGAACGACCAUCUCGAAUAUGGAGGAACGCCUUGACCGGUGGGCUGAAUACUUGGAACAACUAAUGUCUUGUUGGCUACCACCGGCACUCAUCUGCAGCCCACAGCGCCACCGAGCUCCUUGUCCGGAUGACCUUCCACCCACACUGUUGAAAGACCGGGGUGAAGUCCUAAGUCAGCGCUUGUCCGAUCUGUUUGCUUGCAUUUGGGAAAAGGAGUCUGUCCCAGACAACUGGGGAGAAUCGGUGACAGUGCCCGUUUUCAAAAAAGGGGCGCGUUGUGGUAACCACAGGGGGAUCAGCUUGACCCCGGUUGUAACGAGACUGUUGGCGUCAAUUGUGCUUCGUCGCAUUACGGUAGCUCGUGAGAUACUGACUCGAGAGCAGCAAGCGGGAUUCCGGCGUGGUAGAAGUUGCGUUGACCAAAUCUUCACACUGCGUCAGGUGCUAGAACAACGCCAUACGUAUAAGCGACCCACGAUUCUAUUUCUGUCCAGAUUGCCUGAGGGAAUGUCUGGAAGUGUAGCUGAAUGUGCUGCACACAGGCCACCUCAUGUUUCAGUUGGCACGAUAUUCGAGACAUCGCAGUACAUUUUCAUAAAGGAAACUACUCACAAGGUUGUUGUCGAAGAGUUUUCAGCAACUUUGCAACUGAAUGUGCUGCACCAGGCCCCCUCAUGUUUCAUUUUCUACCUGGUGAACCCCAAGAAGGGCAAAGCCAGUCAUGGACUGUCGAAGAAUUUUCAGCAACCUUAUGAGUAG